AUGAUUGCUAUGAUUCAUGAUAAUACUCAAUGGCCACUCAUUGAUGUUGCUGGUAUAGAACUUGCAUCAGGAAGGAAGCAUAAACUUGCUUACAAAAAGAAGAUAAUCCAGUUUUUACCUCCUCCUUAUACAGAGUGUACAAAUGAAGUACCGUUUGAGAUGCAAGCAAUGUUCGAUCGAUAUGGAGAUGCAGAUUAUAGAUAUUCACAAGGCGUCUGUAACUUACUUUGCACUCAGACAUAUAUCUAUGAACAAUGUAAAUGUGUAAAUCCACAAGAAUGGUCAGCUCGAUUAAUGGCUGCUCCUAAUGGAAAUACAACUUUUGAAGCACCACUUUGUAAUUAUGAUGAUGAAUGCUACUUGGAAGCUACUGUUAGAUUAUCCAGUUCAACACGACUUUGGAAUCAGUAUUGUUCACAUUGCACUCACGAAUGCUCCAAAGUUGAUUUUAUAAUUACAACAUCAUCGGUAUCAGCUCCAUCUAUUGAAUAUGCGAAUCUAUCUAAGCCAAUUGUUGAAUCUCGACGUAAACAAAUGCCUAAAAACUGGUCAACGAAUUGGCUAGCAGAGUUUCAGAAGAACUAUGUUGGGUUAGAAGUUAUUUGUCAAGCAACUGAAGUAGAAAACUACAUACAAGAGCCUUCAAUUAGUCCAAUUGAUGUUCUUUCCAAUGUAGGUGGCCAUACUGGAUUAUGGAUUGGAAUUAGCUUUUUGUCACUGAUGGAGGUCGUUGAAAUGCUCUAUCGUUUUCUUCGGUAUCAAAUACAUGUCAUGAAACAAGCUAUACAAAACAAAAUCAAGAAAGAACAGCAAAUUAAUGGAUUCACAAAGCAAUGA